AUGGAGGAUUCAGCUAAGCUGAGGUUGGUGAGGUGUCCCAAAUGUCAAAAUGUUCUUCAUGAGCAACCUAGUUAUUCUGUUUACCAAUGUGGUGGUUGUGGAACUAUUCUUAGAGGGAAGGUUAGUAAUGGUAAUGGUAAUGGAAAUGGAAAUGGUAGUUUGUGGGAGGGUUCAGAUGAGGGACAGGGUGGAGGAGUUUUCGGUAAAUCGGGAAAUUCUUUUAGGAAAGAUGUAGGCUUUUUGAGUGAUGGUUCAGAUGUUGAUGUUAAGUCCAACGGUGGGUUCUCGAGGGAGGAUCGAAGAGAUUCAGAGAGAUCGAAUAAGGAACGUGAGAGGAUUGUGAAUCGUUCGGUUGAUGGUAGUGAGAAAGGGGUUUUGGAGAGAGGAUUUGAUGUCAAUGAAGGGGGUAAAGCGAUAAGAAGGGAACAACAUGAACCGGAUUUUCAAGUUGGAGGGUCUAGUUUUCCGAGAAGAAUGUCUAAUUGGCCGAAUGAGGAGAGAGUUGAGAUGGAAGCAUUUCGGAGAAACCAAUCGGCUGAUAUGGAAAGUGUGAGAUUUUCCACUUUGAAUUAUCCUGACGAGGGAACUUCGAGAUUUUCUUAUAAUCACGGUGAACAAUGGAGUAAUUAUGAAGAAAUGGAUGGUAUGAGUAGGGUUCGGCACCUCGAGCAAGAUCGAGCCGAGCUUCUAAAGAAGCUUGAUGAGUUAACGAAGCAGCUGAGUAAUUCUUCUGAAAUGGUUAAUAAUCCUAAAGAAAAAGGUCAACCUGAUUUAAAGACGGUUCCUCCGGAUCCUCGCAGCAGCUCUGAUACACGAUUUCCAGACGGCCCUUCAGGGUUGAACCGGGCGACCCCGAGGCAAUUCUUUGAUCCUAGUAAACAUGUGGCGGCUUCUCCUUAUUACAAUCAUCAUCGUGAUCCAUAUGGUUAUACAAGUGGUCAUGAAAUGGCCAUGCACAACUUCCAUCCUUCGAUGCAUAACCCGGGCUAUAUUCCCGGAUAUGGAGAUCCGUUCGGAUCACAAAUGACAAGAGGUCCACAUCCGUUAUCCCGCCAAUUUCCUCAACAAUCGAUGCAUCCCUACUUUCCUGGCCGCUAUGGUGAUACCGGUCCAGAUUCAUAUGAACAGUAUGCACAUAAUCCUAUUCCGCAUCCGCCUUCUUGCUCUUGUUUUCAUUGCUACAACAACAAAAGAAGAGGUUCAAUGCCAGCGCCACCCGCUACGUUCCUUAACAACAGAUUCCCUCAUGCCGCAAAUGAUUCUAUGUUAUACCGUAACGAGAUCCCAGGUGCAGUUACUCAACAUGCUCAGAAUAACUCUAGAACUGCUAUUCCUGCUGCAAGUUCUUAUGAAAAGCAAGUACAUACAAGAUUGGUUAGUGACAUCGAUUCAGAGAGGGGAGGAUUUUCUGCAAGUCGUUCUCAAAAUGCAAUGACAGCUAAUGGUAGUCAGCGGUGCCGUCCGAUAGCUGGUGGUUCUCCUUUCAUCACAUGUCAUAAUUGUUUUGAACUACUGCAACUUCCUAAAAAUGUACUUGUUAAGGUGAAAAGUCGUAAGCAGAAAAUGCGAUGCGGAGCUUGUUCUUCAGAAAUAAAUAUUUCUAUCAUCAAUAAGAAGCUAGUUACAUCUCAUACGGUAAUGGAGGAAAACACUGCAAGGAUUGGGGAUACCUCUAACGAGGUUGUGAAUAGCCGUGUAUCAUAUUCUCAUGGUCAUGUGAACACAAACGGUGUUAACUUCUCGUCGGACGAUUAUUCUGGUUAUGAUUUUCAGUCACUAGAUAGAGGAUCGCCUGCCGUGGCUUCUGACCCAAGCUUGAACUCUAGAAAGCUGCAGGAGAUGCAAAGUUUCCAUUCUUCAUCUCCGAGCAUCUCGGAAGACGAAAAUAUUUCAGAAGUUAUGGCUGCACCAAGUGAAACCACUAAAUCCAUUCAGCCAUCUAAAGCCUCAGUGUCUCCUCCACCUGCCGCCGGCUCACCACUCCAAGAGUAUCUUGAUUAUUCUAGUAACAACCAUGCAGUGAAUCGGUUUGGAAAAGGCAACCAAAGUGGUCGCUCAGAACAAGAGAAAGUGGCGAAACUAGAAAAGAAUACAUCGAGGCAAAAUUCUGUGAAAGAGGUAGUGCUUGCAUCUGAGAUGGAUGUCAUCGACUAUUCCAACUCCGGGAUCUCACAGGAUACUAGCCAAGAACACGACCGCACAAGAUCUAGCAAAGGAGGUGAUUCGUUUUUCGCAAACAUUUUCAAGAAAGGCUCCAGGGGUUCCUCCCUAACUGACAAAAGUGAUGAUAGUGAAAAAUGUUUUGUUACCGUUAAUGGACAACCCUUAUCAGAUCGUGUGGUGAAGAAGGCUGAAAAGAUCGCCGGUCCAAUCCAGCCAGGAAAUUACUGGUAUGAUUCUCGGGCUGGAUUUUGGGGUGUCAUCGGCGGAGCGUGUCUUGGAAUUAUCCCGCCAUUCAUAGAAGAGUUCAAUUAUCCUAUUCCUGAUAAAUGUGCCGGUGGAAACACCGAUGUUUAUGUAAACGGGAGAGAGCUUCACCAAAAAGACUUAGAUUUGCUUUCUCGUAGAGGACUUCCAAAUGAAAACGAUAGAUCAUAUAUCGUUGAAAUUUCCGGGAGAGUAUUGGAUGUAGACACAGGCGAAGAGCUAGAUGGCCUCGGCAAACUUGCACCAACGGUGGAGAAAGCAAAGCAUGGAUUUGGCAUGAAAGUACCAAGAUCAGCAGCUGCAUAA